AUGGCCGUCGCCCCGCCUUCGCCGGACUCCUCCGCCGAGGAGCUCCAACAACGAGCUCCACGCUAUGCCGGCGAGGAUACCACCCCGACCAGCAAGCGUGAAAUUUGGGGAUGGUAUGCGUACGGGAUCGCUGCAGAGGUAUUCGCCGUCUGUGGUGUAGGCUCUUUCCUACCUCUUACAUUGGAGCAACUGGCUCGCGAACGAGGAACCUUUAAAUCGAGUCACCUACCUUGCGUCGGUCCGAACUCACCAUCUACAUCUCCUGGAAAUGGCACCUCCCCAGCCAUGUUCCGUCGCGAUGGGUCCGAGAACGACCAAUGUGUAGUGGGACUAUUGGGCAUGAAUAUCAAUACCGCGAGUUUCGCCAUGUAUACCUUCUCGCUGGCAGUACUCGUACAGGCAUUGACCCUGAUAUCCUUCAGCGCUUUAGCGGACUAUGAGAACAAUCGCAAGACCCUCCUUCUGGCAUUCGGAUUUAUUGGUUCUGCCACGAGCAUGUUGUUCAUCUUCAUUGCGCCGCCGGUCUAUGUCCUUGGGGCACUAUUAGUUGUCAUUGGAGUUACCUGCUUAGGCUCCUCCUUUGUAGUACUCAAUUCUUUUCUACCCGUCCUGGUCGCGAACGAUCCGUCCAUUGAAGAGGCCCCAAAGGCCUCCGAAGAAUUGCACCCUAUGAGUCCCGAUGGCGAAUACAUCCAUCCAAGAGACUCUUUUUCCGGAGGUGAUGCAGAAGCACGGCCUCACCCUACCGCAGGGACCGGGUCAGGGACAACAUCAUCUGGUCCUGUUUCCCCGGAACUACAGCUGUCCACUCGCAUCUCGUCCAAAGGUGUCGGACUCGGAUAUUGUGCGGCUGUGUUCGUGCAGAUCCUAAGUAUCUUACUUCUGUUCACGCUCUCGAAGACGUCGAUUUCGAAGGUUUCCGCGACACUUCCGUUGCGAUUCGUACUGCUGCUGGUCGGCAUCUGGUGGUUUUCCUUCACUAUGGUCACUCGGAAAUGGCUGCGCACUCGACCAGGCCCCCCAUUGAAUACCUCCACUGCCGGCGGGCAUGUCCCGCGGUGGCGUGUGUGGUUGCGACUGGUCGGGUUCGCCUGGAAAUCGCUGUGGAAAACCGUUAAGGUGGCGGUGCAGUUGCGGGAGGUUCUGGUGUUCCUGGCCGCGUGGUUUCUCCUAUCCGACGCUAUAGCCACGGUCUCCGGCACGGCGAUCCUCUUCGCGCGUACUGAGCUCAAGAUGAGCACGACGCUGGUCGGCUUGUUAUCUAUCACCGCGACCUUGUCCGGCAUGGCCGGCGCUUUCCUGUGGCCCAUCGUCUCACGACACUUUAGGCUGAAGCCAAAUCAAACGAUCAUGCUCUGCAUCGCUCUAUUCGAGAUCAUUCCUCUGUACGGCAUGCUGUCCUAUAUUCCCUUCGUCAAGAAGUGGGGUGUGAUUGGUUUGCAAAAGCCGUGGGAGAUCUUCCCACUCGCUAUUGUGCAUGGCGUGGUAUCAGGUGGGCUGUCAUCCUACUGCAGGUCCUUCUUUGGGCUGCUGAUCCCACCUGGCAGCGAGGCGGCAUUCUACGCGCUGUAUGCUGCAACGGACAAGGGUAGUUCAGUCAUUGGACCGGCUAUCGUCGGCAUGCUCAUCGAUGCCACCGGCCAGGUGCGGUCGGGUUUUUUCUUCAUUGCGCCCUUGAUCCUGAUGCCAAUCCCACUCAUCUGGAUGGUGAAUGCUGAGAAGGGGAGAAGAGAGGGAAUGGCGAUGGCUCAGCGCCUGGAGAAGGGCCACGAUACGGAGAUGAGCGAGCGGACGGAGGAAGCCGAAGGGCUACUCGCCAGGGGUAUAUAA